GCUUUUCCUGAGUCAUUUUUCUGUUGACUCACUCCAUCAAAUACCUAUUCACCAUUAUUACCUCAUAAACCAUUCAUUCUUACAGGGAUAACCAAUAAACGAGAAGAAGAUUUUUAGCACUAAGGAGAGUUGAGUAAUCCAUUGAUCUAACCGGUAGGUUCUGAAUUUAUCUAUUAGAGUUUGUAGAAGUGUGAAAAAUCGGUCGAUUUUUCUUGUAAAAAGAGUAAUGGCCUCCGUAAGUGUGGCUCCUUCACUGGGUGUUAGAGAUCCUGGUCGAAAAACUGGUAGCUUAGAUAGGCUGCCGGAUGAAAUGAAUGAGAUGAAGCUCAGGGAUGAAAAGGAUAUGGAACCAGCUGUUGUAGAUGGUAAUGGAACAGAAACCGGUCAUAUAAUUGUGACAACUAUUGGUGGCAGAAAUGGCCAACCAAAACAGACAAUCAGCUACAUGGCUGAGCGUAUUGUAGGACAGGGAUCUUUCGGAGUUGUUUUUCAGGCUAAAUGCCUAGAAACAGGGGAAACAGUUGCAAUAAAAAAGGUUCUUCAAGACAAGAGGUACAAGAACCGUGAGCUGCAAACAAUGCGCCUUCUAGACCACCCAAAUGUUGUGUCUUUAAAACAUUGUUUCUUUUCAACGACUGAGAAAGACGAGCUUUUCCUUAACCUGGUGUUGGAGUAUGUUCCUGAGACUGUUCAUAGAGUUAUUAGACAUUAUAAUAAGAUGAGCCAGAGGAUGCCUAUGAUAUACGUCAAACUUUAUGCUUAUCAGAUUUUCCGAGCAUUGGCUUAUAUUCAUGGUAGUAUUGGAGUAUGCCACAGGGACAUCAAACCACAAAAUUUAUUGGUGAAUCCUCAUACUCACCAAGUGAAACUGUGUGAUUUUGGAAGUGCUAAAGUACUGGUCAAAGGGGAGCCAAACAUUUCUUACAUAUGUUCAAGGUAUUAUCGUGCUCCAGAACUCAUAUUUGGUGCAACAGAGUAUACUAGUGCCAUCGACAUCUGGUCUGCAGGUUGUGUUAUGGCGGAAUUGUUGCUUGGACAGCCUCUUUUCCCUGGUGAGAGUGGAGUCGAUCAGCUUGUCGAAAUCAUUAAGGUCCUGGGCACUCCAACAAGAGAGGAAAUCAAAUGUAUGAACCCUAAUUACACCGAGUUCAAGUUCCCCCAAAUAAAAGCCCACCCGUGGCACAAGAUAUUUCACAAGCGCAUGCCACCAGAAGCCACGGAUCUUGUUUCAAGGCUACUACAGUAUUCUCCAAAUCUGAGAUGCACUGCUCUGGAGGCUAUGAUACAUCCAUUCUUUGACGAGCUGCGGGACCCAAAUGUUCGGCUGCCAAAUGGAAGGGUUGUUCCACCUUUGUUCAACUUUAAGCCACAUGAGCUCAAGGGCGUGGCGGUGGAGAUGCUGGGAAGGCUGAUUCCGGAACAUGCUAGAAAGCAAUGUGCAUUCCUUGGUUUGUGAUAAUAGAUUUAUGUUUGUGUAAACAAACCCCUUUGUCCAAAGUGAUCGAUCCCAUGUCUUGUAUUGUUAUCCAGGCUGUUAUUGUAUUUAUUAAAUUUGAUUGUAGCAGAUCAUGACAAGAAGAUUUUAUUUCGAAUUUCGCAGCUGACCAAAUUUUAUUUAUUUAUUUUUAAUGAUGAGUACAAAGUGUAAUUGUUGUUGAAUCGAA